AUGGACCAGAAGUCGGCUCAGAAACCGAGCGAUGAAUCUCCUGGUUGGUGGCUGAAGUUCUUGGCACGGACUGUCGGAACGUUUGGUGGCUUAAUGGCCGUAGCGCUCGGCUUGUUUGCAUGCAUCUCGUUCCACGCGCUGUGUCUCGUCGCUGGACUGACACAAAUGUAUAUGUUUGGGCGAGGAUGGUUUCGGGUACUCGAGUCUAUUUGCCAUUUUAGGGUCAUCGGACUGUUCGUCGUCGCCAUGGAAGCACCGUGUUUUUGCCCAUGUCUUGACUUCAUUGAUCGUAUCGGCUCUUUUUCUGAGGCGCAGCCUCACUGGCGGAAGACCCUCAUAUACGGAAUGUACGGUGAAGGUUUCGCAGUGAGCAUCAUUCCGGUGUUGUUGUGUUUGGAGCUGUCUACCUUCUUUGGAUGCGUUUUGAUUUUCAUCACAGCAAUGUUGUAUGGAAUCAUGGCAUUAGGAAAAAAGGCUGGCCUGCCAACGAUGAUGGCCAGAGCAUCAGCGAAGAACGAUCAGAUGGAAAUUAAUUUAGUGACGCGUGACAAAGAUCCUGCGGCAGUCACAUGA